AUGUUUAAACAGGGAGAUGGAGAGGAGUCGGAUGGCCGAUUCCGAGAGCUUCAGGAACAGCGGAUGACGGUGCAGAAGAAGACCUACACAAAAUGGAUGAACAGUGUCUUCUCAAAGAAUGGGGAAAAGGUUGACUUGACUGAUGUAUAUACUGAACUAAGAACUGGUGUGCCACUCGUGCGACUUCUGGAGCUCAUCUCCGGGGAGAAACUGCCCACUCCCAGUCGACGCACCCUAAGAGUUCACUGUCUGGAAAAUAACAGCAUUGCCAUUCAUUUCCUUAAAACCAAGAUUAAAGUAGAUCUGAUUGGUCCAGAAAAUAUUGUGGAUGGAGACAGAACUCUGAUCCUGGGCUUAAUUUGGAUCAUCAUUCUCCGCUUCCAGAUUGGAGCCAUCAAUAUUGUUGAGGCUAGUGGUGACGCCAGUGGUGCUCAGCGCUCUGCCAAAGAAGCUCUACUGAUAUGGUGUCAGCGUAAGACCGCCGGUUAUGCCAAUGUAAAUGUGCAAGACUUCUCAAGUAGCUGGAGAGAUGGACUGGCCUUUAAUGCUCUUAUUCAUGCCCAUCGGCCUGAUCUUUUUGACUACAACCGACUACGCCAGGAUGAUCCAAUGAGGAACCUCACCCAUGCUUUCACUCUGGCAGAGGAUGAGUUUGGUAUAAUGCAACUCCUGGAUGUGGAAGAUGUCAUGGUGCCCCAUCCCGAUGAGAAGUCUAUCAUGACUUAUGUCUCCCUGUACUACCACUACUUCUCCAAAAUGAAGCAGGGUCAGACUAUCCAGAAGAGGAUAGCUAAGAUUGUGGAUCUUCUGAAAGAGCUGGAUGAUAUGAAGCGCAUAUAUGAGAGCAUGGUGUCUGACUUGCUACGCUGGAUCAAGACCAAGGUGAUGGAGCUCAAUGACCAUUCUUUCCCCAACUCCCUGCGAGAAAUGCAGCAUCUGGUUUCUGCCUUCAAGACAUAUCGCACUAUUGAGAAGCCUCCCAAAUACCAGGAACGAGGGGCCAUCGAGGCCCAUCUCUUCAACUUGCGAACCAAGCUAAGAGCAAACAACCAGUGGGAUUAUAUUCCUCCGGAAGGCAAGACCUUGGGGGAUAUCGAAAGGAACUGGACCUUUCUAGAACGAGCAGAACACCAGCGAGAGAGGGCCCUCCAGAGUGCGCUGAUGAGGCUGGAGCAACUAGAACAGCUGGCCCAGAAGUUUGACCGUAAGGCUACGCUGAGGGAGAGCUACCUGGAGGACACUCUGCAUCUGAUCCAACAACAAGACCUGGGAGGGCUGCAGAGACUGGAGGAGGCUGAGACAGCGGCUCGCAAACUGGAGGCCCUGGGAGCAGAUGUGCUGGCUCGUGAACCGCGUUUCCGCGCUUUAAGUAAAAUGGCUGCUGUUAUUGAAAAACAGAACUACCACAGCAAGGCACAAGUGAUUCGCAGGAACAUGGAUAUCAUGAACCGAUGGAAAGCUUUGCAGCAGCGUCUGCAGCAGCAGAGAGAACAUGCUGGUGAUGCUGUGAAUACAUUUGCUGUUCUCAGAGAUAUUGAGUUAAUAUCUCUGGACCUAAGGGAAUUAAAGGCCCAGGCAGAUUACUCCGAUUUAGGAAAACAGCUGCCAGACGUGGUAGCCCUACUGCAAAAGCAGGACUUACUAGACAGUCAAAUCAUCUCACUUGGAGAAACCCUGAAUGCCAUGAGCAGCAGUGCCUUAAAGGUUAAACACAAAGGUGCCACAAAAGUCGAGAGAGGAGUUAAAGAUCUUAACGGCCAGUACAACUCUUUGCUGGUUCUCAGCAAGAACAGGAGAAAAGCUCUGGAGGGACAGCUGAAGCUCUUUGAAUUUUUCAAUGAUUGUGAAGAAGUAGAAGCAUGGAUCUAUGAGAAAUGGGUCCUCUUACAGGCAGCAUCUCUGGGGAGAGACCUCAUUCAAAUUCAGCAAGCAAUUCAGAACCACAAGGCUUUAGAGGCAGAGAUUCAGUCACAGGAAUCACUGUGCUCUGGGGUUUUAUCCAGAGGCCAAGAGCUGUGCAGGGGCAGACACUCCAAUGAGAGAGACAUCCAAAAGUGGAUUCAGACUCUUCAGAAACAAUGGCAGCAGCUUAAAGAGCAAGUCACCAUCAGAAAAAACAGGCUGCAUGCAGCCAAUGUCAUCAAGCAGUAUUUUGCAGACGUUACCGAAGCCAGCUCGUGGCUUGAUGACCGCAAACCACUUCUCAUUGAUGAGGAUUAUGGAAAGGAUGAGGCCAGCACUACUGCUCUGCUCCAGCGUCACCAAAGACUGGAGAAAGAAAUGGAAGCAUAUGCCUCAGAAGUUAAACGGCUGGGCGAGCAGGCCAAGAGUGCUGCCCAACUUGCUCCUCUUACUACUGAAACCCAGCAGAGUAGAAUGGUCCACUACAGUGAUUCAUCAGAUGGUGAAGAUGAGAUGGAUAAAAAAGCUGACAAAGGAGGAAAAGUCCUCAGCAAGGCUUUACCACAAGAACAAGCAAUGAUUAGGUUCAGAUACAGAGGUCCUAUAUUAACCUGGGAAAGAGGAGAAAUAUUGACAAUUGUCAGCAGGGCAAAUGAUGACAAGUUUCUUCUUCGAGACAGCAGAGGAAAUGAGCAACUAGCAUCUUCCACAUUCAUCAGGGAGAUGCCGUCUUCUAAAGCACCACCUGAACCUACAAAUGGAGAACCUGAGAGUCCAAAAAAGAAAGUGAGCCAACCUCGCCGCACUCGUUCUAUGCGGCGUGGCACAGCUGAAAUAUCUACCUCAUCAUUGCCUGACCCACACUUCCAAAAAGACACAAUAGAGAGCACACAAAGCAGUCUGGAACAGGAUUUCAACAGCCUUUAUAAUUUAGCACAGUCAAAAAAUAAGGUACUGGAUGACACUGCACGACUUCAUAGGUUCUAUAAUGCCUGUGAGGAGUUUGAGUCCUGGAUGAGAGACAAGGAGAAUGUCCUCAACACUUUUAACUCCAACUCCAACGACUUAGAGGUUGUACAAGCCAAAUAUGAGAACUUUCUCACCGAACUAGCCAGUGGUAGAAAGCAGCUCGAUGACAUUACCAAGCUUGGAGAGGAGCUUGUGAAAAAACAGCUCAGUCAGAAAAAAGAGAUUCAGCUUAGGCUUGGAAUCAUAACCCGCAGAUGGGAACACAUUCAGAAACUAAAGGAUGAGAUGGCUCAUGAGCUGCUUAGCUCUGCUGAUGUGAAAUCGUUCCUGCAGACUUGCCAAGACGUCCAGGCUCAGCUCCAGGAUAGGCUAGUCCAGCUUGACACACCUGAUGUGGGGAGCUCACCAUCAGCCCUGCAGGCUGAGGAACACAGACAAGCCCAAGCUGAGAGGGACAUAGAAGCCCUGGAAAGGAAAAUAGAAUACCUUAAAAGUGUGGCCAAGAUGAAACAGGAUUGUAGCCCUGCAGAGAGUGCUGCUAUCAUGGAAGAAGUACGUGCUUUGGAAGACCUGCUGCGGCAGUUGAAAGCCCAAGCCACUCAGAGACAACAGAUGCUUGGGGAAGCUCGACGCUUGCAAUUCUUUCAGAAAGAGACCAGAGACCUGUUGUUAUGGGCCGAGGCAAAAAAGGAGCACCUUCUGGAAGAGGACACUGGAUCUGAUGUAGCAUCUGCUCAAGCCCUGCUGAAGGAGAACCUUGAUCUGAAGCAAGAGAUUGAACUUCAGAGAGCAAAAUUGAAAGAUAUGGAGAAGCUGGGUCAAUCUCUGGAGGUGGCAUCUGGAGAGAAAGGAGCUAAAGAUGUUCAGCAGACACUCACUAAGUUGGAUAACGAGUGGAGCCAGCUGGACAAACUGUGGUCUAGUCGCAACAGACGGCUUGAGCAAGGACUGGAGUUUCAAAAGCUGAAUAUGGAAGCAGAUCGCAUAGAGGCCACCAUUUCUGGUCAUGAAGCCAGACUGAAAGUCAGAGACUUGGGGGACUCUGUGGACAGCGUUCACAGUUUACUGGGCCGACAAGAAGAGCUUGAGGCUUUGCUUGAGGCACUAGAGCGAUCCAUUAACCUCUUUCAAGACAAGAGCCAGGAGCUCAUCAGCAAGCGUAACUUUGCCGCCAAAGAAAUUCAACAGCGAUCAAAGGUCAUUCAAGAUCGAUACAAGAACCUGAAAGAAAGUUGUAAAUUAAGGAGGCUUGAUUUACUUGCUUCAAAAAAGUACCAGGAAUUUUUAAGAGAUGCAGAGGAGAUGCUGCUGUGGAUAGAGGAGAAGUUUGAGAUUGCUGAGGACGAAUCAUACAGAGAUCCAACCAACAUCCUUCGCAAGCUCAAAAAACACGAGGCGGCAGAAAAAGAGAUGCAGGCCAAUCAAGUCCGCGUUGACAGACUGACUGAGACUGGAGAGGAGAUCUUAGCAGAGGAUCACUUCAACAGCCAGAGCAUACAGAGAAAGACUCAAGAGGUACGCAAAAGGUGGACUGAACUCCAGAGGAAGAUGGCAGAAAGAGGGGACAAACUACGACAGGCUGGCCAGCAGGAGCAACUCAUGGAGCUGCUUCAGGAUGCAAAAUUGAAGAUUGAGGCAAUUGAGAGAAUGUUACAGAAUGCAAUCAGGGGUCAUGACCUUCGUUCAAGCAGACAGCUCCUGAAGGAGCACAAGCAGCUGGAGGAGGAGGCUCAAGAACUUGCAGAAAAAAUCAACUCCAUUGUCACCCGUGCCAAACACCUAGCGACCAACCAGCUCAAGUCAAACGUUAAGCAGGCUGUACGUGUGUGGGGUUUAGAGGAGCUGAACAAGCCCUACAACCACAUGAAAUCUAAGCUAAAUGAGGUUCAGCACUCAGCGAGAGUCAGAGAGCAGAGGCUGCGAGAGACUUUACAUCUACAUGAAUUUAAGCGCGAGUCUGCUGAACUGGAGGAAUGGAUUGCUCAGCAGAUACAGAUUGCUGCCUCUAAUGACUUUGGGAGUGAUUAUGAAAAUGCACUGCAACUGUGUGGGAGAUUUGAGGUAUUCUUAAAGCAGCUGGAGGUGGGACUGGAGAGGAUGCACACCUGUGAAGAGUUGGCUGACAAACUCAUCAAAAGUAAUCAUCCUGAGAGCCGCUUCAUCCGAGAAACACAGAAUCUACUCAGAAAAUCAUGGGAAGAGCUGCAGGAUUUAUCUAAAGAUCGUAAAGAAAUGCUACGUAAAUCUGAAGAAUGUCACAAAUUCUACAAAGACUUGACUGAUGCACUAAGACAGAUAAAGGAGAGGUACAAAAGCAUUCCUGAUGACAUUGCCAAAGAUCUGAGGGGAGUGCUGUCUCAGCUACGGAAACAUGAAGCUCUUGUACAUGAGCUGGCUGGAACAGAGCAACAGCUGCAAGAGCUGUUGGACGGAACUGACACCAUUCUGGACAUGUGUUCUCCUGAGCUGAGAGUGGGGUUGCAGGAGCUGCAGCGGGAGGUGGUGGAGAGCUGGGAAAGUCUCCGAAUGCACAUGGAGCAGAGGGAGGAGGAGCUGCGGUCAGCUAAGGACCACUACAUGUUCCUUAACACAGCACAGGACUACUCCCUCUGGUGCUCGCAGGUGCUGAGUGGGAUGAAGGCAGAGGAAUCCAUCCGAGAUGUUGCCACCUGCGAUUUGCAGUUGUUUCAGCACCAGCAGCUAUGGGCUGAGAUUGUGGCACGUGAGGAGACAUAUGCUCAGGCUGAAUCCAUGGGCCAGGACCUGCUAGAGCAUGACACAUCUAAUGCUAAAGAGAUCCAGGAGAAACUCAAAGCUCUGCAAGAAGAGAAGGAGAAGCUUUCUGAUAACUGGCAGUCCAAGCAGAAAUGGCUGGAGAGCACAUAUCUGGAGCAGGUGUUUUAUAGAGACACUGAGUACAUGGAAAAGAUCACUAACUCCCAAGAGAUCCAGUUGAAGAACAGUGAUUUGGGAACAACAGUGGAUGAUGUAGAAACUUUGAUCAAACGCCAUGAAGCCUUUGAAAAACUUCUUAAUUCUCAGGAAGACAAGAUGGUGGCUCUUCAGGAGUCAGCAGAACGCUUAAGGACAGAAGGUUUGAACCAAGAAAAAAGCAGCAACAUUAAGAACAAACUGAAAGCUCUCCAGGAGAGAAGGGAACACAUCAAAGAUCUGUCGGAUAAACGCAGAGAGGAUCUUGAGAUCUCAAAGCUUCUCUGUAUUUUCAACCGAGAUGUGUCAGAGCAAGAGGAAUGGAUCACAGACUGUAUGAAUAAAACACAAGACUCCAAAAUAGACAUGAGCGAUCUUCAGACUAAAAUGAAGAUAUUGCAGAAGCAUCAGGUGUUUGAAGCAGAGAUUCUGGCCCAUGGAAAUAUCAUUGAAUCUGUUCAGCAGGCUGGAAAUGAGCUGGUGACCUUGCGUCACCCAAAAUCGAAGGAGAUAAAGCAGACCGUCUCUGCGCUGAUCACUCAUUGGGAGGAUCUGAAGCAAGCGGUUGCAGCCCGUGGAAAAGUUCUUGAGGAUAACCGUGAUUUUCUUGAGUUCCUGCAGAAAGUGGAACAGGUUGAAGUUUGGAUUAGACAAAAGGAAGUGAUGAUAAAUGUUGGUGAUGUUGGGGAGGAUUAUGAACAUGGUCAGCAGCUGCUAAAGAAGCUCAGUGAAUUCAGAGGCUCAGGUUCUGGAGAUGUGACUGUUGAUGAUGCUCACAUCAAGACAAUCAACACUCUGGCAGCCCGGCUAGAGAGACAGAACAGUGAUGAGCUAGCGACUGUGAGAAAGCGUAGGCAGCAGCUCAAUGAACGAUGGAGUAAUUUUCAUGGCAACCUGAGCAGCUAUAAGCGGAAGCUGGAGGCAGCGCUAGAGAUCCACGCCUUGAUUCGAGAGCUAGAAGAAGUCCGGGACAGAGCUGGAGAGAAGAUGCUGUUGCUCCAGGGACAGGGCUGUGGAGUGGAUGUGGAGAGUGUGGAAAACCUUAUUCGCAGGCAUGAGGAGAUGGAGAGGGAGGCCAGAGUCAUCCAAGAGAGAGGCACUGCCCUGGAGAAGGAGACUAAAGAUCGGUUAAGGAGACACUGUGAUCUGGCUGACAAACUUAGUAAGAAGCAGGAAGAGGUCAACAUUGCCUUAGUAAAGCUAGACAAGGAAAUCAAACGAAGGAAGGAACGAUUGCAAGAGUCUCAUCAGCUGCAGCUGUUUAAAGCUAACCAGCGCCUCCUGUUGGACUGGACCCUGAAGCAAAGUGCUGAGAUGGUGAAGAAAGGCCUGCCUAAGAAUAAGACUGAAGCGGAGAGUUUCAUACUAGAGCACCAGAACUGGAAGGCUGAGAUUGAUGCUCGCAGUGAACGCAUAGAUUCGGUUAAGAGUUUUGGACAAAAUCUUGUGAAGUCUGGACACAGCGAUUCAGCAGAAAUUAAAGAAGCCCUACGCAAGCUGGAGGACGCCAAAACAAAGCUUGCUCAAGCUUGGGAGGACCGAAAGAAAACUCUGGAUCAAGCUCUGAAGCUCCAGAUAUUCCUGGGCUAUGCUGACCAGACUGAGAGCUGGAUGAGUAACAGGGAGGCUUUCUUGAUCAAUGAAGAUCUUGGGGGUUCAGUGUCAGAGGUGGAGGCUCUUCAGAGGAAGCACGCUCUGUUUGAGAACUCUCUAGAAGCUCAGAUGGGGCAGGUGGCAGAGGUUGACAGAUAUGCUCAGCAGCUCAUACAGGCACAGCACUAUGACUCUGACAACAUCAAGAAGAAGAUUAAAGCUAUUCUGCUCAGGAAGGACAAAGUACUGGAAAUGAGCAAAGCCAGACGAAAAGCAUUGGAAGAAUCUCUACAGCUGCAGAAAUUCCUGGAAGGAAGCUAUGAGGUUUCUUCAUGGUUGAAUGAGAAGAACUCUGUGGCUGUUGAUGAGAGCUGGAGAGAUCCUAUUAACCUGCAGGCUAAGCUACUAAAACAACAGAGCUUUGAGGCAGAGAUACUGGCCAACCGCAACAGAGUGCAGACCUUCAUAAAAGUUGGUGAUAAUAUGCUAGCUUCCAGUCAUCCUGCUAAAGGCAAGAUAAAACCACGAAUAAAGGACGUUGAUGACAGCUGGGACCAGCUUUUAAGCAACUGCAAGGAAAAGAAGUUACGUCUACAGCAAGCAUAUCAGGCACUGCAGUUCCAGCGCUCUUUGGAUGACAUCGAGGAGUGGCUUGGGACAGUAGAGAUAGAAGUGGCGAAUAAGGACUACGGUAAUGACCUGGCCUCAGUUAGUAGGCUGCUUAAGGCCCUGCAGGGUCUGGAGGAAAUGGUAGAUGCACACAUGGAGAAAGUCCAGGGGCUGGUGGACACAGCCAAAGACUUCAGCUCUCAAGGCAACUUCCUUGCAGAAAAUAUACAGCAGAGGGUUUGGAAGGUGGUCAACAGGUAUAAUGGGCUGGCUGAGCCGCUUCAGGCCCGCAGGGAAACUCUGGAGUCAUGGCAGCUGCUGUUCCAGUUCUACAGGGACUUAGAGGAUGAGCUGCUGUGGAUUCAGGACAAGCUGCAGGCCACAGCCACAAAAGACUGGGGCACCUCCCUGCAGAGUAUACAAGCCAUAGUCAAAAAACAUCUGGUUAUGAUGCAGGAAAUUGAGAGCCGAACCCCUCUAAUAAUGGCUGUGCAGGAGGCAGGACAGAACCUGGUGCGAGGACGACACUUUGCAUCACGUGAGAUCAGUGAAAAACUUGCUGAUUUAAAGAAGAACUUUGACACUUUGAAGAAAGUGUCAGCGAAUAAGGAUCGCCAGCUUCAACAAGCACUGAAAAUCCAGACCUUUCUCUCAGAGGUUUCCCAACUGGAGCAAUGGAUGGAGGAGCAGAGGCCUGUAUUAGAGUCCAAGGACUAUGGAAAGAGUGAGGAGGCCACUGAAGCUUUCCUCAGGAAACUAGACACAGUUGACCUGGAGUUGGAAAGCCAGUGUGGAAAAGUAGAAGCACUCCUGAAAACUGGCACUGAUCUAGAAAAGUCCCAACAUCCCAACAGUCAUUUAGUGAGUAAGAGCCUUGAAGAUAUGCAUGGUGGGUUUGAGACACUACUGCAACUGUCUGCUCAACGUCGCACAGAGUUGGAAAAUCAGUACAAUCUCUAUGUAUUUGAGAGAGAAGCCAAAGACCUACAGAACUGGCUACUUUCCCGCAAAACCACAGCAGAGUCUGAUGACUUUGGUCAAGAUCUGGAAGGGGUGGAGGCACUGCAGAAGAAGUUUGAGGAUUUUGCAGAAGAGGUCGGCACUCUGGGCCAGAAUAAGCUGAGUACAGUCCAAAAGCUGAAGCAGACGGUGCAGUCAUCAGAGGCACAGCAGAAAGAGAGAGAUCUACUCAAGCUCUGGGAGGAUUUAAACAAGGCUAUGAAAGCAAGAGCACAGAACCUGCGUUCCGCUCGAGAGGUUCACCAGUUUGACCAUGACUUGGAUGAGCUUAGGAGCUGGAUGAAUGAGAAAGAGGUGGCUCUGGACUCUGAGGAGCAGGAGAAUGACCUGCUGAGUGUCCAAGCUCUCAUCCGCCAACAUGAAGGCUUGGAGAGAGACCUUGCAGUGAUAGAAGAAGGCGUGUCUCGUCGAAAAGAGGAAGGCAAAGCACUGGUCCGAAAGUGUCCUCGAGUGAGGGACAGUUUGAGCGAGAGGCUGCAGGAGGUGGAGGAGAUCUGGAGGAGCCUGCUGGAAAAGGCCAACCAGCGCAGACAAAGACUCCAACAGGCAGAGGCUGUUCAGAGAUAUCUGACUGAAUGGAGAGAGCUGAUGGGCUGGCUUAAGGAGACACUGUCUCUAAUGACAGGGGAGGGGGUUGGAGGUGAGGUUAAAGACCUGGAGCAGCUCAUUAAAAGACACGAAGAGUACCGCACACAGAUUGACAGGCAAUUAUACAAAUCAGAAAUGGUUCAAAACGAAGGGAGACAUCUGAUGGAAGAGGGGAACUUCAUGAGUCACGAGCUGGAGGACCGUCUAGCUGAGCUCCAGGACCUGGAAGAGCGAGUGCUGGAAGCCUGGGCCGAAAGGAGAGCUCAAUAUCAGGAAGACCUUGAACUGCAGCAGCUGCAGAGAGAGCUGGAGCAGGCCGAGCACUGGCUCAACACCUAUGAGAGCGCGCUCAAAGCAGAGGACUAUGGGGACUCCGUUUCAGAUGUUCUGGAGUUGAUGAAGAAGCAGGAAGAUCUGGAGGCCAUGAUUCAAGCUCAGAGUGAGAGAUUUAAUGCCCUUCAAGCCAGACGAAUACAGAGGGAAAAGAAAAUCAAAGAAAUUCAGAGCGGUGGCAGUAGGGACAAGCCCGUUCGUGUAACUUCCCUAAAGCGAAAGCCAUCUGAGCAACCAGCUUUGCCCCCACGUCCCUCGCUGACCAGUCCUGUCCUAAGGAACAGCAAUGGCAAGAGCGAUAAUUCAUCCACACCCUCCCGAGUCCCUACAGCCAGGUCUGCCAUCCCACCGAGAAGCAGCAGCGGUAAAAAUGAAUCCUCUGUGGUGUCAAGAGUGGCAUCAGGCCUCAGGAGAAACAGCAGCAGCGGCAGUGAUACCGUAACUGCCCCCGACAAACCAUCCACCUCUGUUCUAGACAGCCCAGAAUCAUCCUCAGAAAUUUCCAGUGCUGUUUACAAACUCCAUUAUUUACACAAUGCCCCCAAGAUUGACCAUACCACGUCUGAAGAUGAGGUCGAUACUCCGAGACAGACCGAACCCUCCGUCGAAGUCAUUACUAAACCAAAGAUAACUCCUAGGUUUCUGAAACCAUCAGCCCCUGAUAAAGAGAUGCUGGGUCCUCCUACGUCAAAACCCCCUGAGCCACCCUCUAAAGAUGAAGAAAUGGUGGACAACCAAACCUCAGUGGAUAAAAGCCUUCUUUCAUCCACCCCACCAGAAAAACCUCAGUCAUCUCCCCUUUCAGACCCAGAAGUACAAACAUCCACUUCUACUGAAUCUCCAAUAGGGACGACUGUUGCCACCAAGAUCAGAGCAGGACAUGCCAAAAUGGAGGGUACCUUGGAGAUUAAACUGAAGCAAGGAGGAUAUAAAGGCUUGGAUCACUGGGAAACAGUCUAUGCACUACUGGAAGAGGAGACACUCAAUCUGUUUAAAGACCAAGAUGCUGCCAGUGAGAACUGUACACGCUGGCCACCGAUUACAUUGGCUGAAGCAGUCUGUAAAGACAAUCCGUACUACAGGAGAAAGGAGAACACAUUCAAAAUCAUGUUGAGCGAUGGCAGUCACUAUCUGUUUGCCGCCUCUUCUCAAGAAGAACAGCAAAAGUGGUUGAAGGAGCUUCAGAACUGCACAAAUUCAACGGUGUCCUCAGAAAGUCCUGGAAUUAACACAGAAGCAAGUAGAGAAAGCACAGAGCAGUGUGAGUCUGUGCCAGCCGACACAUCUGACACACAAGAUUCCACCACAAAGUCGAACCAGGAAAAGGAAGACUCCACAGAGAGCUAUGAGACAGAGAGAAAGCCACCACCUAAACCUCCCCACACUUAUUACAACAAACACCGCUAUCCUGAAGGAGGAGAGAGCCAAGACUCGGUAAGUGUGACCCAAAUUGUAAGAAGUCUACAGAGGAACCAACCCCCACCAUUCGCCCCACCUCCUCCACCACAAAACCAGGCUGAGAAUGGAGCCAAGGACAAGUCCAAAAACAGGAGCGCCUUAAUGAAAUUUUUCAAAAAAUGAUUUUUACAUAACAGAUUUGACCUUCUCUGCCUUGAUGUGGCAGUAGUUGAAAAUUUACUUCUUUUAAAGGCUAUUUAUAUUUGAAUCUAAUAUUAUACAUUAUUGUUAUUAGUUGAUAGAAUCGACGUUUAGUAGAAUCAAUAACUUUUUUUGUGAUUACAGAUGUGCAAUGAUACCUCGUAAAUAAUUGUGUGUAUAGAAUUCCAAGAUAUACACUAAAUAAAUGU